AUGGCUGUGAAUGUCCCAGGCGUGGUAGCGAUGGUGCUUUUCUACCUGCUGGUCCUCGGGAUCGGCAUCUGGGCUUCGUUCAAGUCCAAAAGGGUGCAGAAGAAAAGCGCAGCAACCCAGAUGGAGAUGGCCCUGCUGGGGAACCGGGGAAUCAACUGUGUGGUGGGGAUCUUCACCAUGAUCGCCACGCGAGUCGGAGGAGGUUUCAUUGUUGGCAUAACGGAGAUGAUUAACACGCCGUCUAUGGGACUGACCUGGACACUGAUACUGUUAAUGGCAUUCAGCGCAUCGUUCAUUCUUGGUGGGCUGGUGUUUGUCAAACCAAUGAGAGACAGAAGAUACCUGACGAUGCUCGACCCUUUCCAGGCCAAGUAUGGGAAAGGACUAACAGCUGUUCUGUCCGUGGUGUCUCUCUCCAUUGAUGUGGUCUGGGUGACCAUAUCACUGAUCAGUCUAGGAGCAACCAUGAGUGUGGUCCUGAACCUGUCCUACACGGUGAGCAUCUGGAUCUCUGCUGCCGUCGCCAUCACUUACACCCUGCUGGGAGGCCUCUACUCGGUGGCCUAUACUGACAUCAUCCAGCUUGUCCUCAUAUUCGUGGGCUUGCUCAUCUGUGUUCCCUUUGUCAUGAUGAACCCUGCCUCGCUGAGCAUCAGUGACACUCUGAUGAACAACACCUUACACGCUCCCUGGAUCGGUGCACUGCAGCUGAAACGGACCUGGAUCAUGAUCGAUGACUUCAUGUACUUGGUGCUGGGCAGCCUUGGAUUUCAGUGCUUCUACCAGAGAAUCUUGUCGUCUUCGUCCUCAGCCACAGCCAAGCUCUCGUGCAUCGUUGCAGCGUUCGUGAUUCUUGUAUUGAUGCUGCCACCAUGUUUCAGUCUGUCCUCCUUCUGUGUCCAUGCUUCAGACUGGAACCUGACCUCCUAUGGUUCUCCAUCUCCGUAUGAACGUGGGGAAGCAGCUCUCAUCCUGCCCAUCGCCCUGCAGCACCUCACGCCACCAGUUGUCUCCAUCAUCGGUAUUGGAUGUGUGGCGGCCGCCGUCAUGUCAUCAACUGACUCCGCUUUGCUCGCUGCGGCUUCUGUUUUCUCCUCCAACAUAUACAAGAACAUCCUGAGGCCUCAGGCAUCAGACAGAGAGAUUCUGUGGCUGGUCCGUGCUGCUGUGGUUGUUGUGGGUGUGGUCGGUACAUCGCUGACCAGCCUGAACAACAGCGUGGUCGUGUUCUGGAUGCUUGGUGCUGAAGCGGCCUACAUCAUCAUCUUCCCUCAGCUGGUCUGCGUCCUCUUCUUUAAAGUCUCCAACGGUUACGGGGCUAUUCUAGGUGGGCUGCUGGGAUUGGGCUUAAGACUGCUUAGCGGAGACGCAACACUUGGACUGCCAGUUGUCCUCCAGUUCCCAGGAUGCACU